AUGUUUAAUAAUAUAACUAAUUAUUGUGUUCCAUUGUUCAAAGAAAAUUUCAAAUAUAUCACAACAUCUCGCCUCGAUUUUCGUGAUGGUAGAAGAAAUUUUAACUUGGCACUGAACAAAUUCAGUCAUUUGACGAUUGAUGAAAUACGAAAAUUUCACACCGGCUCUCGAGUCAAGAAGUCCCGACGCUUUGGACGGUCAUUGCAACCGUCAACGAAAUCACUCGACAUACCGAAAUCAAGUGAUGAUCACCGUAAAUACUAUAUGCAGUCAGUGACAGAUCAGGGUAAGUGUGGUUCCUGUGUCGCUCAGGAUGUUUCCGCUGCAGUGGAAGGUGUCUAUGCAUUGAAGAAUAAUGUUCGCCUUAGUUUAAAUCGACAGAUGUUAAUUGAUUGUGACUGGUUUAUACAGCAACAUGUCGCGAGGGAUCAUUCGGUGAUAAAACAUUAG